AUGCUUAAUGACCACAAGAAAAAUCUGGAACAGCAGUACAGCAAGUUUCAAAAGGCGCCGAAAUUUAGCCUUAACUCUGAGCAAUUGUACUGCGUUUGUCGGAAACCUGAUAAUGGUGAGUUGAUGGUAGCCUGUGAUGGUUGUGAUCAAUGGUUUCAUUUUAAAUGCAUGCAUUUAGACAAGAAGUAUAAAGAUCUAAUUAGCAAGUUUUAUUGUGUGUUUUGUGAUGAACUUUUUGGAAGAGGUAAGACACAAUAUAAGCGCAAGUGCCGAUUGCCAGAAUGCUAUAAACCUGCGAGGGUGGACAUUGUAACAGGACAAACAUCAAAAUAUUGCUGUGAUGCCCAUGGAGUGAAGUUUAUGAAAGAUUAUGUUGUUGAUGUAGUUCGAAAAUCAGAAAAGGAAACGACAAGUGUGAAUGCACUUUUUACAAAAGAGGCAAUCAGUAUUGCAAACUACUCAGAGUUUAAAGCAUUGGGCAUGACUCUACCCAUUUUUGACAAGAUUUCAGGGAAAUCAUUGGUUAACCUAAUGAGUGAGCAAACCAAAGAAAGACUGGCUAGUAUAGAUGUAAAUAUUGGAAAUCUCGAGAAACUGGAGAGAACAUAUGAAAGCAAACUGAAAUACCUAAUGAAGCUUCGUGGUUUAGUGAAGAAAUUAAAUGAGCAACUGACCAAAGCAAUUUUAGAUGAGAAUACGAAAAUUUCCUCGGUUGACUUGAAAUCACAAAAUGGAAAGGGUGGUAGUAAAAGAAAUCGAAAUGGGAAGAACGGUAAAGCAUCAAAACGUACUGCGAAAACUGACAUUUGUGGUUACGACACUAGCCUACAGCUUUUGGGUAAUAGCUGGAUUAAAUUCACAAACGGUGAGAGGUAUAAAUCUGUUGUUGGAUGGGAUAACUCAUUUUCUAUUAAUGAGAAAGGAAUAUUGACGGAGUUUAAGUUGCUAAGGAAACGGUUACAAAUUACCGAGGACGAACAAAGGGAGGAUGUCAGUAGAGAACAAUCAGAGGGAGAAAUGAAUUCAAAUAUAAAGUCGGAUGGCUGUAUUGUUGAUAAAGAACUAACAAUAUUUUGCGGACUGUGCGUAAAGGAUAGAAAGAAAUGUAGUAAACAUCUGACAUGGUAUACAACCAUAUAUGAUAGUUUGGAUUCAAAUAUUGCAAGUAUAAGUGAGGAGAUAAACACGUUGAGAAAAGAGAAAGAUAAAGUGAAGCAGGAGGAGAAUAGACGACUAUGGGAAAAAUGGAGAAACAAUCCCAUUUUGAAAAAUGAAUCAGCAUCUACGGUAAUCCAUCAGGGAAUUACGCCAAAGUAA